UGAUUAGAAAAUGAAAGUAGGAAAUCUACCUGGGCAAGGUAAAUAUGACAUCAACAAUGAAGUAAGAAAUUAACGAUAUUUUUAUUUAAAAGGGGAAGAAAUGAAAGCUUAGUCCAGUCUAUACUACUCAGAGAUGACCGAAGGAUAUCAGUCUGAGACCAACACCUGUUAAUGGAUGUCCAUAACGUGGGUGCAAUUGUUUGUUUUGUACAUUUGUUCAUUUUGUUGUAUGUAAUGAAACAGCAUGGUACACACGUGUUAUAAAGAUUCAUAACAAAACUCUUUAGGAAAAUUACUCGUAUAAUUGUACUCAAGCGAAAUGGUUAGAAAAUGGAUUACACAACAAAUAUACCGCAAAAAGAAAACUCUUUUACUAUCUUCUUUGAUCGUCGCGACUGUGUACAUUGUGCUACUUAUGAAAGGGGGGCAACGCGGAAGAGAUACGGAGAAUAUGCAUAUCCCCAUUCAAGCCGAUGCAGUCUUCUUUACCAAAACACUUAAAGAAGAAUCCCCAUUUGAACAACUUUUAGCGAAUAUUUCCAGAGACCAGGGGGACCCCCGGAGGAAAUAUAAAAUGAAUGUUUUCCUCAGUGACCGAAUCCCUGUUAACCGCCCAGUUCCUGAUUCCAGACCUUUACGCUGUAGUGGAAUGACAUGGCCUCAGAAUUUACCCAAAUCUAGCAUAGUGAUCGCGUACCACAACGAGUGGCCGUCAGUGUUAGUACGUACCGUGUACUCCGUGAUACAGAGAACCCCCGCGCACCUGCUGGAUCAGAUCAUACUCGUGGACGACGCCAGUACUGAACGAGAAACCCUUCAAGGCCCCCAUUUCUUACAAACGUACGUGUCAAAUUCUCCUAUUACAUACCUAAGACUAGAGCAGCGGCAUGGAUUGGUCCGAACCCGACUUUAUGGGUUAUCCCAGGUCAAGUCAGAAGUCGUUGUGUUCCUGGAUAGUCACAUGGAGGUCAACAAUAAUUGGUUGCAACCUUUGUUGGUGGAAAUCAUGGACAACAAAGCAACAAUUGCAAUGUGUCACCUUGAUUACAUCGACGCCAAAACUUUCAAAUACUCACACGAGAGGAACUAUCGAACACGUUACGGUUUUGAUUGGCAGCUACAUUUCUUUGAAACUUACUUCCGGAGAGAUCAAACAGAAGGAAAACCGGAUACUGCAUCUCUGCCGUAAGUUGCCUGUCAGUUUAUAUUUUUGUUGAAAUGCCACAUAAUCAUGA